AGGACCGGUAUUUGUAUUAUGUUGUACAAAAUUUCUUUCUUGCCAUUUUAUAUAAGUACAGCGUUUAGCGUCGACAGAUUUGUGUUUUCGUAACGUUCUACUUGUCACAAAAACAUGUCCGAAGAAAAGACAACAACGGAGGACAUGUGGACUCCAUACAAGGAAUUACAGAGUCUCGUCGAACGGAAUAUUACAUCUGCUCCUACCACUCAUGAUUUCCAAUAUCAUGAAUUCACAGAAGCAUUACGAAGUCACAAACAAAAUUUUCUUACCCUUCUAAAACAUCCUCCUUCAAAUGUAAACAGCAGAGAAGAAAUAAAAAAGGGAGUAACAGAUGGUAUUACACUUCCUGGUUUGGGACACCAAUCAUUAUCAAAAGAAUUAGUUGACGAAACUCUGAUUAUAUCAGAUAUGUAUAAUCUUAACGAAUUCAUGGCUUUGGAUCUUCUCUGUAUGGCACAGUUACAAAUGCCACAUCAUCCCGGUUUACCUCGAGGUUUAACAGCUAUUUUAUUAUAUUAUGAUGGGAAGAAAGCACUUACAUCGACCUUAAGAAUGCUUGUACAAGCUAGAAUGGGACAUAGCUGGAAAAUUGAUGCCCCUAUUGCUCUAAUAAGACACAUUACAGAAUAUACAAAUAAGUUGCAAGAAGAUAAUUUGUUAGAUAGAAUUUUAGUUUUGUUGGAACAAAUGGAUCCUGUAAAGGAACAAGACCUGCUAGAAAAAAAUCGGGCAUUGGGUGGACCAAAACAUCGUUACAUGGUCAUGAAACUUUUUAACGAUUCUAGACAAGAUUUGGCAGAUAUUUUAUAUUUGUGGUCUGCCCAAUCCUCGCUACCAAAUACAGUCUUGUUUCAUUUAUUAUUCGUAUUACAAACGAAGCGAAUAGAAUAUGAAGCGUGCGAAGGAGGACUGGAUAAAGUUACCCUUGCUCUUAUAAUGAGCAUGUUAAAUACAAUUAAUUUUAAUGCAUUACAUAAUCGUGAGAAUGGCGAAGAGUUAAUAAAUUCUAUGCCACUGAUCACGGAAAGCGACGUGCACGAAGAAUUACAUCAAAAAUUAAUAUCGGCUAACAUAAAUUGGGAGUGCGCUGGAUUGCGUGGACUUAUACAGUUUGCUUUUGCAGUUGCUCUGCCAACGAUUAAAGCAGCAAUUAACGCGCAGCCCACGAAUAAGACCAACGACGAUGUGAGACUGCUAGAUGCAGCUUUGUCGAAUAAAUGUUUUCACUUUAUGGCAGAAGUAUUGUUCAAGAACAGAAGCAUAUAUCACGAAGAAUUUUAUAUUCGUUACUUUCAUUCUCUCAUUUCUGACUUCAUAUUAUUAAUGCCGUUGAAACUAAAAAAUCUACGAAGUCGAGCAGACGAGUCCAUGCGUUUGAUACAAGCGUAUCAGCAGGAGGGUAUCGAACCACCUUUAAAUUUAGAUAAUCACUUCGAAUACUUGAUGUUGACGAUAGCGGAGCUUUAUAAAGAGGAUCCUUUAAAAUUGGAUUUAGUCAUGGACUAUUGGUGCUAUCAUUCGGACUCCGCACAUGCACCCGCUCCUGCCUUUACGAAUCGUUUGCCAUCUAGACAAGUUGCUCUGUUUAAAUUUGUACGUCUCGAUGAUGAAAUAUUACCAGCAGGGUUGUUCGUACCAUAUCUCAAAAUGAUAGCAUCUCUUGCUUCUUCUCCACAAGCAGCGAGACAAGCAUUCAAUUUUCUUAAACCAAACGGUACUUCCGGAUCGACAACUAUUUCCUGGGACCACUUCUUCGGUUCUUUGACUCGAUAUUACAUGAAUCUUAGGAAAGAACUGCCUCCUAGUCAGGAUACUGUUUACCGUCAAAGAGGUCACCUAAAAGGUAUCACGCCGGACGAAGUUAAAGGACUCGAAGUUGUAUUUUUAGUCGUUCAAGUAAUCGCGAAGAACGAUGAAAUGUCAAGAAUAGCAAUAUGCGAUCAUCCAGGAUGGAAAAUUUUGCCGUCUUUGAUCGGUUUGGUAAGUUGCGGAAUAUCGAUUCCGUUAAAAGCUGUUUUAAUACGAACUCUUGCUGCGUUAGCAAGAUCGCCUGAAAGUUCGUCCACUGUGUGGCAAAGUUUAGAGGCUGCACAGAUACUAUCCACUAUACCAACCAUAAGCAGCUAUCAGCCAAGAGGAGUUCAAACCGAAUUAGAGGAGAUCGAGUCGAAGAAAGAUGAAUAUCCGCUGACGCGAGCUAUGCUAGAACUUCUAGAUGUGCUUACAGACUUUCCUAUUCCACGAUUACUAGGAAUGGGUCAGCGUAAUCCUGGUUUCGAUCCAUAUUUGCAUUUCAUUAUCAACACCGUAUUUUUGAAGUUUCAUACGCGAUCGUAUAAAAAUCCAGCAGAAAAGUGGGAGGUUGCCGAAGCAUGCUUAAAAAUAUUUUCGAAACUUAUCAAACAAUAUGAACCCGCCGUGGAAGAUUUCACCGGAUGUAAAAUGGAGCUUCAAAGCGGAGAAACUAUGCUAGUUAAUUCCGCGCCUGGAUACCAUAUAAUGACCCAGUUACAUUCCAAGUCGGAGCUUCUCCAUGUCAUAUUGUACGUUCUUGAUAAGGGUUGUUCCAACUUCGAUACGUACGAAUCUUUCGCUGGCAAAAAGAAUCUCGAGAACGCCACUCUUUAUUGUUUGGAAAUAUUGGAAAGGGAAUUGAAGACGCAGCACAAUUAUAUGUCGCAGCUGGCUUCCGCGAAGUCGAUACACAAAAUUCUAACCGGAUUGUCGAGAUUGCUUCUGGAAGUGGAUCCUCAGUCGAAGAAGCCCGAUUACAUGAUAAACGUUGCUAAAUAUGUUUCCUACAGUUCGUGGCUGCCGCAGCACGCAUUCCACGCCGUCGGUGUCAUCAGUGAAGUGGCCAACGAACCAGGAGCAGACUCUGAAUUGCUUUCAACGUUCACGGCCACUCCUACCUUGACCACAAAUAUCAGACACGGUUUCGUGGAAUGUCUAGACACGGACAUUACCCUCGACGAAGACGUCGAAUCGUCCGAAAAGCAAUAUACUGGCAAUUGCAAGGAACGAAUUUUGCUUCUUAUGAUGCAAAGCAUCACGCGACCCACGCCGAAUCUUUCUCACUAUCUUCUGGGAUUCAAAAUAAAUAAAAAUAUUCAGAAGACUAUACUGCUGCAGCCCGGCUUCUUUGGAUUCCCGCGAACGUGCUUGCACUCGAUAUUAGGAAUUUUGGAACAAUCUCUGGAACGUGGUCGUGACAAAAUAACGGAAGCUUGCUACUGUUUCCUUCAUACGUUAGCAGCGAACAAUAAGGCGUCGGUUCCAGUCUUUAGAUUUUUACGGAGCAACGCCAAUCAAGAUUUCGUUCAGAGACACCUUCUGAAAUUGCCGUUCGAGGGUCAGAACACAGCGACGGAGCUCGGUUGCAUGUCAUGGUUGUUGAAAAUAGCCGCGAUCGAACUGCAAGUGAUCAGCGGACGAUUUCAGAGUUCUCUGGUCGAGAGGCUGAUUGGAAAGUUCGACCAAGAACAAGGACAGACCGUGCCUUUGCAGAAGCUUCUGAUGGAUCUUCUGCAUUACAUCGAUUUUCAACUUCAGCUGGAACCACCGUUGUCGUUAGAUUUCUUCGAUCCGUCGCAGAUCGAGAUGGUUUUAGGACGCUGUAGCAUUCCGGUCACGUUGGUAGGAAGUCCUCGGCUCAUUGACAUCAGGAAACUGCAUUCUCUUAUCACCGAGGAGUUGGCCGUCACGCAGAGCAGCGCGACCGUGACUCAACGUAAUCUUAUGCAGCAGGAAGUGCAGAAAAUUUUAAUGCACGCAUUGAAAAGGAACCAAACGAAAUCGUUAUCGUACGCCAUGGUGAAGUUUGUCGAAGGUUGGUGUCAGACGACAGAGAUAUUCUUUUGCAUCGCUACCAACCAGGUACUGCCCACGCCUCAAAAACAAAAUCUACUGUUGAAUUUGUCCCACGACCUGUUGCAGAAAAUGACGUCUUGCGAGGCUUUGAACGAGAUCAAAACCUUGGUGUCUGGCACCGUAUUGAUGCUGUUAGUGAAUCUGCGAAACAGCUUCAUCGCGCAAACGGACGGCGAAUCGUUCCCGUCGUCGCCCUCGAACACAACAAUGAUGAAAAUCAUUCUGAGUCACAUUUUGCAAUGGAUCUUGAACGCGGGCGCCUCGUCGCAGAAAGUCAUUACCCAUUUGUACGCGGCUUUGUUAAAUUUCCUCUGCGUGGUCGGUUUGCAGAAGUCGGAAAGCGCGAACUUUAUAGACUUCAUGUACGUUAGCCAGCUGGACAGCACCGUGAACAGAAUCAUGCCCGUUCAAGAACGUUCGCAUCGAUAUGCAACGAUACAAGUUAUAAACAGUUUCGGGAAUAAGUUGAUGGACAUUUUGUGCCAAGAUUGCUCGGGCGGCCAUGACGUCUGCAAAAUGCUGGCGUUGUCGUGUUUGGAUAAAAUCUUAGAAUUGGAUUACGACAACGCUUGGAUAAUCUACUUGGCCAGCAGGGGAUACUUGAAACAUAUGAUAGACAGUCUGUUGGAAUCCGACAGCAUGUUACGGUCCAUGUUACAACCAGAGCCACAGACAUUAAGGCCGUUGUACUUGUACGAGGCGAAAAUGGCAACCUUUUGUAGAAUAGCUUCCAUGAGGCUCGGGGCUGAAAGUCUGUUAGAGAAUAAGAUCUUGUCGUUUCUAUCGAGCAUGGUCGUUUUUGAUCACCAUCCCGAUGUUCAUAUGGGAUUCGAAGGCGGUGACUACUCGUUUAUACCCUCUAUUGGUCAACGCUAUCAACAAAUCUUCCUACCAACUUUGUAUCUUUGCGACGCCUUGCUUACCACUCUGGGAACGGAGAAUCAAUCGUGUGCCAUACAAAUUUGCGGGUUUCUACAAAGUCACAGGGACACGAUUGAGAUGAUCUUGCGAAACGCCUCCUCGAAGACGAACACACUUUUCCUGAAAGAGGUUGCGUGUCUCACUGGUGUAAUAUCCAGAUCUGCGAAUAUCGAUAUUUAUAAAUUGGUGGACGAAGAGUUGGAGAAAUCGGAUUACGACAACUGUAAAUUAGAAAAUUCCACUGGAAUAAGAGAGCUUCGUGCGCACCUCUAUCGAUUGCAGAGACUGAUGCUGUCGCUAUUGGGUAAAUUUAAGUUGCAACCAGCUCCGGUUCGCUUGAGCCACGAGCAAACGGACGCAAACCAACAACACAUCUCUUCGGUGCAGAUAGUCGCGAAUGUUAUGUUGUACACGCGUAAUCAGAUGCAACACAGCAGAAUGGAUCAAAUGAUAUGGAAUGUGCUGUUCGAGCCACACUUGACGACCCCGAAACUGGUAGGAAGGGAGGACAGGAUGAAUGAUUCGACCGGUGGAAUACACUUGGGAACAAUUGCUGACCAACUUGUAUCCGUGACGAAGUUAUUGCACACCGAAUUGCCACAUAUCGACACUCUGAUAAAGAAGGUGGCCAUUAUAGGAGAAAUGAGUACGACGGAAUUGAAAGAGUACUUGUCCGAGGAAGAGGCGGAACUUGUUGUUCAGAAGCAACGAAUUAUAGUCGAGCAACGAUUGAGUUGCUGGGUAAAAGAGAAACGACAAAACAUUAAAUAUUGUUCUCUGAUAAUAGAACAUGCUUUGUACAUUCUUUGGAGUCACUGCGACUUUUACAUACCGCAAGAAACACAACGGCAUAGCCAAAUGCAAGAUUUUAUUUAUUUUUUAAUGUCUUCAACAGGUAUAGACGAAGUAUCGUGGAAAGUGUCAUCGGAAACGAGAAUGGAAUUGAAACAAGGCCUCGUUUCUAUAUUUACAGAUAGUUUUAUUACACAAUUAUUAGACAUGCACAAUGAAUACGCAACAGUGGAUCAUAGCUUUAUCGAAGUUCUGGUUAGAAAAAUUAAAAGACUACAACAGUUUAUAUUAUGAGGCUAUUAUUCAAAUGUUUGUAUAAGAACAUAUUUUUUUACAUGUCCGUCUACAUUUAUGACAGACUUCCGAAAAUUCCACAAACAGUAUUUAUUAUAAAAAUUAACCUGGACUGAUAGAACUAUAUAAUUAUCGAAUAUAAUUUU